AUGCCGGAAAGUGAAUUAGAAGUGGAUGUGAUUGCAGAAGAAGUGUCAUGCACUCAACUAAAGCUUUGGAAACAAUUGAGAGAAUUGCAAUUUCAAUCAGCUAAAGUGCCAUCACUGAAAAGUCGUUUCGUUUUCCUUCAAGCCAAUUGCAAUCAAACUUUAGCACCGCUGUCUUAUCGCAUCACACGAGAUUGA